UAUAAGCACAAGCCAGCUAUCUUGCGAAUGUCGUACAAAUAAAUACCUAGUAUGCCCCAGGCUACACUGUAUAUUUCAGCUCAGCCACUAAGACCGUCGCAAGAUAAAUGAGAGCCCUCUCGGUGUUGGAAUUGAGAAGGAGCUCAAUUCUUCUUGUGCCCUAAAAUAUUUUCGUGAAGCGUCACUCAAAGCUUUGCGGCCUCAACUAUGUACUGAGCUGAAUCAGCACUCCCGUAAUCUAGAAUUGUAAAUGGUGGCGGAUUGCUCUAAGUGGAUCUUGCGGAGUUGGCAUGAAUCGGCGGCGGAGUUGCGGACUUCCAACGUCAGCCUUUGUAGGCCUUCUCUUGUCGUGUUCGUUAGGACAUCCUCUCAUUCUACCAGAACAAACACAUGUACAGUUUUUUUCUAUGUGCGGAUUAUCUAUUGCUAAGCGGUUAGCAUUUAUUCAUAACGUCUAUCCUCCCAUCUCUGAGUCAUUGUUCCGCAGCAGAAUCCAUGGCUCCUGGCGGGAUAUCGUCGCGGCAGAAAAGUUGCAACGCCUGCGUAAAAAGCAAGCGACGUUGCGAUAAGCAGACGCCGACCUGCGGAAACUGUGUUAGGAAGAGAUGUCCUUGUUCAUAUGGAGGCAAGUCGGAUAUGCAACCCCGUUAUAAUUCCGCAAAUGGUUCUAUCGGCGUAGACACUGUUGCUAGUCCUUCUUCAGCGUCCUAUGACAGCGGCUUUGUGUUGAACGAUGGCGGGUUCUCUACCGCAUUUGACGCAGACGUAGCUCUACCUGACGCGACACUACAAAUCGAUGGGACUUUAGAGUCUCUGCUAAAUUCAAUGUCUGGGAGUACAUUCGGUGAUACAUAUGGGUUGUCUGAUCUCCUGGGACGAGACGUGCCAAUGGCGUCUUCGCCAACGAGUAAAGCCCUAACGCGACCAGAUUAUUCCAGGAUAGCACCCGUCUGUGACGAUUAUGCCCCGUGGCAACUUGCCGACCCUUCGUCGAGAAUUGCCUACGCAGUAAAUGUCUUCAAAAACUUUCAUGUUACAUUUGCUCAGAAUAAGUCAACUAUAUACAUGCAUAGCCAGCUGUACGUAGGAAACACGCCGCGCUGGAUCUUACAGGCAUUCGCUACGUGCGUCCUAUACACAAACCAGACGAAAGAAACUCGCGGCUUCGUCCUAAAGAUUCUUCACGAGAACGUCAAUAAUCUCAUAAACACUGCCAGUGGUGUAUCAUUUACACCACGGGAAAAACUUGCGAGGGUUCAUGCCCUGGUAGUUUACCAAACUAUUUGCAUGUUUGAUGGAGACAUCUCCCUUGGCCAACGAGCCGAGAAUGAUUUGCCUAUUCUGGAAUCAUGGAACGAAGAGUUGAACAAUAUAAGGGACAACCUUGACGAUGUAGCUGAACUGGAUAUGACUGAACUUCGCAAAAGGCAACCUGAGUCUUGGGAACGUUGGGUGUUCGCAGAAAGUGUCAGGAGGACCUAUAUCAUAUGCCACGCUCUCAAAACUUUCUGGGACUUGUUGAAGGACCGAGGUGAUGAAGAUAAUUUUGGGAAAUGGGAAUAUAUCCAUCGAUCAACCCUAUCGAGACAUCUAUGGACUGCGACGAACUCUUUUGAUUUCUAUAGAGCAUGGAACGAAAAGCCCAUGUGGAUUAUAUCUGCCUUUUGCUUUGACGAAUUUCUGCGGACUGGAAAAGGAGACGACAUAGAUGACUUUGCCUUAGCUUUCUUGACCUUAUCUUUCGGUUUGGACGAAGUGAAGACGUUUUGCUACGAGACAAGUAGACGACUUCUAGAAUAGGAGUGUUCCUCUCAUACAGGCAGGAACUUGCCACAACUCCGCAACCCCAAAGCUCCACUCCUAGUCCGCACCAGCGGAGCGGACUACACAUGACUGACGCGGAGAAUAUGGAGUGAGCUCUUAUUAUGAACUUCCUUACUCCCUACCUUUGGUCA